UCGCCCGGCUCCCGGAGGCGAGGGGGGCGCGGGCGGAUGGCGGAAGGCGCCCAGCCGCAGCAGCCGCCUCAGCUCGGGCCCGGCGCCGCUGCCCGGGGGAUGAAGCGGGAGUCGGAGCUGGAGCUGCCGGUGCCCGGAGGGGGAGGAGACGGAGCCGAGCCCGGCCUGAGCAAGCGGCCGCGCACCGAGGAGGCGGCGGCCGACGGCGGCGGCGGGAUGCAGAACGAGCCUCUGACCCCAGGUUAUCAUGGAUUCCCAGCACGGGACAGCCAGGGUAACCAGGAGCCAACAACAACUCCUGACGCAAUGGUUCAGCCUUUUACUACCAUCCCGUUUCCACCACCUCCACAGAAUGGAAUUCCCACAGAAUAUGGAGUGCCACACACUCAGGACUAUGCCGGCCAGACCAGUGAGCAUAACCUGACACUCUACGGAAGCUCGCAAGCCCACGGGGAGCAGAGCAGCAACUCACCCAGCACACAAAACGGAUCUCUCACGCAGACGGAAGGGGGAGCCCAGACAGAUGGCCAGCAGUCACAGACACAAAGUAGUGAGAACUCAGAGAGCAAAUCCACCCCUAAACGGCUGCACGUCUCUAAUAUUCCCUUCCGCUUCCGGGACCCCGACCUCCGACAGAUGUUUGGGCAGUUUGGCAAAAUCCUAGAUGUAGAAAUAAUCUUUAAUGAACGUGGCUCUAAGGGAUUCGGGUUCGUAACUUUCGAGAAUAGUGCUGAUGCAGACAGGGCCAGGGAGAAAUUACACGGCACCGUGGUAGAGGGCCGUAAAAUCGAGGUGAAUAAUGCUACAGCACGUGUAAUGACCAAUAAGAAGAUGGUCACACCAUAUGCAAAUGGUUGGAAGUUAAGCCCCGUCGUUGGAGCUGUAUAUGGCCCCGAGUUAUAUGCAGCAUCCAGCUUUCAAGCAGACGUGUCCCUAGGCAAUGAUGCAGCAGUGCCCCUGUCGGGAAGAGGGGGUAUUAACACUUACAUUCCUUUAAUCAGUCUCCCUUUAGUUCCUGGCUUCCCUUACCCGACUGCAGCCACCACGGCGGCCGCUUUCAGAGGAGCCCAUCUGAGGGGCAGAGGGCGGACGGUAUACGGUGCGGUCCGAGCGGUACCUCCAACAGCCAUUCCCGCCUAUCCAGGUGUGGUUUACCAGGACGGAUUUUACGGUGCUGACCUCUAUUCAGCUGAAGACAUGUUAACAUCUCACUCUAAAUCUCUCAGUGGAGUCUCUGUUCCCUUCUCUGAUAUAACAGAUGGGUUACUGCUUGUUAUAAUUAUUAACAUUGUGGUGUGGGCCAGGGCGAGGGCGGGCGACCUUGACUAUUUCUUUGGGCUGGGGAGGGCCAGUUGUUAGGGUCUGGAAUGUUAACUCAAGUGGUGACUGACUGUUUCCGUAAUGGCAGGUGGUUGUGGCUGCACGUUCUAGUAAUUGAGGCUGUGUACUUCACCGAGCUUGUGGUAGAGCCUAGGGCAAACCGCUGUCCCAAGAGAAUGCUGGGAUAGAUAGAGUUAGCCGAUACGAGUCUGAACGUGGUGAUUUUGCUGGUUGUUUUAGCUCCAGAUGUUGGCAUGCUUAGUUUUUAAUGUGAUUAAUAAAUGUGGCGCCAUACCACCCCCCCCACGCCUGAACCCUGUCUCUCCUACUCCCUUCCCCUCCCUUGUUCUUUUGAAAAAACUUAAGAAACAGUAAUGAAAACCUUGGUGUUUCAAACUGCACUUUGUUCUCAUGUUCUAUAAAAGAUUGCAGACUUGCUAGCAGAGGUAAAAUUUGGGGGAAAAAAACAUUUCUCGGCCUAGAAGCUUGAUGCACUCCAAAAUCGGAGUCAAAAUACAUGCAUCUGAAUUUUCUUUGUCUCACAGUUUUUGGCAUCUUUUGUUUAAAGCAGCAGCAGAGAUGCUCUGGUGAGACUGUAUCUGAGAGAAAUAAAUCCAUGUUAUACAAUUUAACUUUUCUAAUUUGGGGACAGUCACGGAUGGAUGACCAAAUUAAUGGAUUAGACUAUGAUCUGCCCCCCUCCUUUAAAGGGCCUCCUUGUAGCACCAUCGUAAAGUAAUUAGGAGAGGAGUCCUUGAAAUACCAGCUUUAAAAAAAAAAAUUAGUGUAGUUUUUCUUAAUGCUGAUAUGCUACUCAGGCCUUUUGUUGGCAAUAAGAUUAUUUGUAUCCCUGUUCCAUUUUCCUGAAUUCAAAAAGCAAAGAACCUCAUCACAUUCAAACUCCAAAGUCUGAGUUCACUUAUAGCAGAAGGAGACCGUGGCAGAUAGACUCUCCCCGUCUCCUGGUGUGGAAGGAAGCCUCUUUCCCAUGGUCUGAUCCAUUUUGAAUUGUUUUGGUUAGCAAUAACAUUACCCCUAAACCAUUGCAGUUCUGAUGGCUUCUUACAGGCCAAGGAAGGAGAGGGGAAGUGGUUCUCUCAGUCACCUCAUUCAGAACCUCUUUUUCCAGAAUUAGGGCCCUACCUCUCAGAGCUGUGGUUAGAUAGACUCCCCAGUAUCUCCAACUUGACUGAGACUUUCUGAGAGGUCAGUACUUUUGAACCUCAGAAUCCCUUCAUGAGAACGUAGACUCUGCCCUGUGGCAUAGAACUUCAGUUUUUUAAAAUGUUUUGCUCAGGUAAACAUAAAUUGGGCUUUAACUGCUUUUAUUACCUUGCCUUUUUAAAUUUUUAAAGAUCAUUUUGAUGCUUGGAGAACACUAAGGAGACAAACCACAUACUGCGCGCUCGCCACAUUACCCUUGUUUACAGGCAGUUUUACAAAAACCAGCCCAGCUGUAAACUUCACACCAGCAAACUUCAGUCCUAAACUUAAAGGAAUCAUCUGUAGUUAUAAUGAAGAAUUGAGCCUUUUAAGGUUCAUUUAAAGCUCAAAAUUUCAACUAGAAAGAUUAGCCUGUUGCUUUAACAGAUGUUUUUCCUGCUUUAUGUCCUCUUUAGAAGUUUAAACAAGGAAUAAGGUAAAGAGACCCUUUAGUUCACAUACACCGUGUAUAUGUGUAGGUCGAUCUAGUUACAGACACGGAUACAGCAGGGGAUAUGACAGAGCCUGGGGUGUGUAGCUUUGCCCAAACUAGCCUGGCCUGCCCGUUCCCGUACACCUGGCUGGAUGUCAAAGAGAACGUGUUGACCACACAGCCCCGAGGGUGCUUCCUGCCAUGGUAGAAGGCUACCGUUCCAUUGUCAGUGUUCAGUUAGCAUUAGAAUCUUCUGAUUUAUUACAUGGGUAUCUGUGGACAAAUAUGUAAUUGAGAAAGAAACGUUUACUUUUCUGAGUGAUUCACGUGAAGAAGAAAGGAGUCGUGCCUGACUCCUGAUGUUCAGUGAGGGCCACUCAGUGCACGUCUGCCUCCGCGUGGGCUGGUGUCACGCGGCGUCCGUCUAGAGAGCGGGAGCCCCUGUUCCCCCGUGAGGCGGUAUGUCCACUUGAGAGCAUGAGGGAAAGGCUGUAGUCUGAGUGCACCAGCUGAACACUGUUACAUCUGACAGUGGGAAGACAGUAAUAAAAAUUCACCCCUGAAUUAGGUUUAGGUGAAAUAGAUAAAUUCUAGAAGGGCAAAGAAGAGGAAGCCAUAGGACUUGCCACUUUUUUAAAAUAGCCUGUCUCGUGUGGCAUUCACUGUUGGGAUUAUCUUCGAAAUACUGAGUGGGAGGACACCUUUGGGGUGUUUGGUUCCCCUAAACUGAGGGGAAGAAACAGGGCAUGGGACUGAAAGUCUCCAGGACUGAGAGGAGAUUGGGCCCGUUGGCAGAACAGCUCCAGAGCCUGCUAUGAGACGGGAGCGUCAGAGUCUCCGAAUCUUCUGGGAGAGGAGAAUAAAUGCAGUUAAAUGCCCAGGGCGUGGAAGGAGGACUUCCCCCCCUAGGAGAGUCCCACUGCAGGGUCCUCGGCCGUUUGUAAGGUCAUUUGUCUGAGUCUGAAGUGUAGAUCGGAGCUGGCAGGCUUUGUCUCUGAAGGGCCAAGUGGUCAAUAUUUUCGGCUCGGAGCCCGGAUGAUCUCUUCACACCUGCGUCCAGAAGCAGGUGGCAAGCCGCGCCGGCUCCCAGAUUGAAGUUUGCCCGCCCGAUCUACACUGGGUUUGCCUUCUCCAUGUGACCCGGAUAUCUGAGCCUCUCGGCAAACGUGCGAGGCCUGAGGCGGCCAGCCCUGUAGAGGACCUUUCCACGACCUACCUUGAUCUCCAUAGUCUGGGCCGGAAAGCCAUGGGAGAGCCUCAAGUUAACACAUGCAGAUUUAGUAUGUCCUAGUUCUGUAAUUUACAUUCCCCACCCGGUAGAGUCCCCCCGCUCCCUGCAGAUAUUUGCCCUGUUGAAAGGCCCAGCCAAGACUGUGAAGAAAGAUGGAUCUGGAAU